AUGGGGAGAAAGCUGGACCUUUCCAAGCUCACGGAUGAAGAGGCGGAGCACAUCUGGGAGGUGGUGCAGCGGGACUUCGACCUCCGGAGGAGAGAAGACGAGAGACUAGAGGAGUUGAAGGGCAGGAUCAAGAAGGAAAGCUCCAAGAGGGAGCUGCUGGCGGACACGGCCCAUCUGAAGGACACCCACUGCGCCCGCUGCCUGCAGCCCUACCGGCUCCUGGCCAGCAGAAGGCAGUGCCUGGACUGUGGCCUUUUCACCUGCAAAAGCUGCAGCCACAGCCACCCGGAGGAGCAGGGCUGGCUCUGCGACCCUUGCCACCUGGCCAGAGUCCUGAAGAUGGGCUCGCUGGAGUGGUACCACGCACACGUGAGAGCCCGCUUCAAGCGGUUCGGGAGUGCCAAAGUGAUCCGGUCCCUCUACGGGCGGCUGCAGGGAGGAGGUGGACCUGAGCCCAGCGUGGGAGAGAGGAGUGGAGACAGCGAGCAGACAGAUGAGGAUGGAGAACCCGGCCCGGAGGCCCAGGCCCAGCCCCUUGGCCACAGAAAAAAGCGCCUCCUCUCCUUCCGUGAUGUGGACUUUGAGGAAGACUUGGACCCUGCCUCCCAGGCCUGCUGUCAGCCCCCGAGCCCGCCCUCGGUCCCUGUGGCCACAGCAACUCUGCAGUUCCUCUCAGGAGAGCCCUGCUCCGAGGGUGCCACUUCCCAGGAGGAUGCCAUCCUGGAAGAGGCUCAUGCUAGGACCUCCAGGUGCCAUCCCCAUCCAGAAGAGCAUCCAGACAGCCCCCCACCUACUGGACAGGAUGCCCUUGCUGAACCGUGCCUGCCUGGGGACUCCUGCAAGAUGGCCCUGGGGCCUGCUACUGUGCCCGGGAUGAAGCCCAGUCGGAACGAGCAGCUGCCCUCGCUGUACCUGCCCAGCGUGGACAGUUCUGACGAAAACAGCAUCUGGGCCACCGCGGCGGCCGCCCAGCACAGCAGACGGAGAGGGCAGACGGCAGCCCAGAGCCAGGUACCGGGGCUUGACAGAAUCCAGGCUUUCGAGUCACCUGCUGGGCACCUGGAGAACACGGUUGUGCCUCCCCCAGCCCAGGGCACAGGUCCGGCUGCCGGAGCAGGCGCUGACGCCGACAGAGAGGAGGAGGCCCUGAGGAGGAAGCUGGAGGACCUGACCAGAAACAUCAGUGACCAGGGCACCUCGUCCGAGGAGGAGCAGGUCAGGGAAGAAGAGACCCAGCUGGAUGUGGCCACCCCCAGCAGGGCCCUCCCCAGGCCGGACCCAGAGGUGUGCACAGCCACCGAUGCCCAGGAAAAGGGCCCCGGGGGGCCCGUGCAGCCCAGCUGGACGACGGAUGAGGAGCUGUCGGAGCUGGAGGACAGAGUGGCCGUGACAGCUGCCCAAGUUCAGCAUACUGAGAGUGAGGUGUCAGACAUCGAGGCCAGGAUCGCAGCCCUGAGGGCCGCGGGGCUCACGGUGAAACCCUCGGGAAAGCCCCGGAGGAGGUCGAACCUGCCGAUAUUUCUUCCUCGAGUUGCUGGGAAACUUGGCAGGAGUCCAAAGGACCCGAGUGCAGACCCUGGGAACAAGGGCAAGGUGACAGGGGCGCCCUGCCUUCCCAGGAGGGGCUAUUCCCUCAGAUCUCCAGGCAAGGACGAUGAGUCUUUUGAUCGGAAAUCCACGUACCGCGGCUCUCUGACACAGAGAAACCCCAACGGGAGGAAAGGCACCGCCAACCACCUCUUCGCGAAACCUGUGAUGGCCCACCAGCCCUGA